AUCUCGGGUGAUCUCUGCUGGGAUACGCACGUUGAAAAUGUAUGUAAUUCAGCAUAUAGGAAACUUUGUUUUAAAAGGCGAUCUCUAAGAGGGACGAACUCCGAUAUCCGGACCAGCGUUUAUAAAACUCUAGUGCGCCCAACAUUGGAAUAUGCAUCGAUAAUAUGGCACCCCCACGCACAAACUCAAAUAGAUAAAGUGGAGCGCAUUCAAAGGCUAGCGGCAAGGCUUAUGUUUUCUAAAUACGACAGACACGAGUGUGUUUCGGCAUUGUUGAGGGAAGCCCAGUCAUCCUCCUUAGCAUCAAGAUGCAAAAUUGCGCGGCUGAAGUUUUUUUUUUUUUUUUUUUUUUUGUAUUUUAAGUAUCUCCAUAUUGACACGCAAACUUAUAUCAGAUCUCCUGGAAGACGGUCUCGACGAUUGAACUAUGAAUUGUCAGUUGACCCAUUUAUGCCCAAUAUCGAUAUUUUUUAA